UGGAAACGAAUGCUCUGCAUGACUAAGUCAAGAGCCCUGCUGACAGUCGCAGCGAACAUUUCCUCUCACCUCCACCGGACUCUCGCUUCUAGCGUGAGAUAACGAGAAAAGAGAUAGCGGCCAAAGGAGAGAGGAACGACAGAAAUAAAGAGGGUAAAAGGAGGAUUGGCGGAGGGGAGAAAGUGGGCAGCCCAGCAGCAUACUAGUCUGAAGUAGGCGACAGGAGGGACAUUUGAGGGCAGCCGCUCUGCACUCAUCCAGGCCCCAAGGCCCUUUGCUGUCCCUGUCCAGAAACGCGCCGCCUUGGAAGGGAACACCUCCGGCACAUCAACCAGGAGCAGGAGUACCUCUGCUCGAUUUGGGACGCCACAGGUGGUAAGAGUGGGCAGCCCUAGCCUCCCGCUCUCCUUCCGGCAAAGCAGACCACCCUAAGGGUCUUCCAGAAGACCAUGUUCCGCCGGUUGUUUCACCGCAAGCAGAAGCACGAGCGCCUGGAAGAGGAGCCCGAUGUGAAGUUCAGAGGGAAGCUCAUUUCGGAGACCCAACUUGAAUGCACGUACGUGCGGCCCGGAGGCUCCAACUACUCGAGCCCGUCCCUCGCGGCCCCGCCCAGCCUAAACGACCGUGACCAUGCGGUGGUGGGACUGGCCCCGGAGCACAUUGCCACACCUGGGGCGGCACUCUCCUGGCAGGCGGCCAUCGACGCCGCGCGGCAGGCCAAGCUGAUGGGCAAUGCUGCCGCCCCCAUCUCCACGGCCAGCUCCACGCAGCGCAAGCGGCAGCACUACAGCAAACCCAAGAAGCAGGCCAGCACGGCCGUCACACGGCCCCCACGCGCCCUGCUCUGCCUCACCCUCAAGAACCCCAUUCGACGCGCCUGCAUCAGCAUCGUGGAGUGGAAACCCUUUGAAAUCAUCAUUUUGCUGACUAUUUUUGCAAACUGCGUGGCCUUAGCUAUCUACAUCCCCUUCCCCGAAGAUGACUCCAACGCCACAAACUCCAACCUGGAACGGGUUGAGUAUCUCUUCCUCAUCAUCUUCACCGUGGAAGCGUUUCUGAAGGUCAUAGCCUACGGGCUGCUCUUCCACCCGAAUGCGUAUCUGCGUAACGGAUGGAACCUUCUGGAUUUCAUCAUCGUAGUCGUAGGGCUUUUUAGUGCCAUUUUGGAACAAGCCACCAAAGAGGCAGGGGGCACGCCUAUCGGUGGGAAGGCGGCGGGCUUCGACGUGAAGGCGCUGCGGGCAUUCCGGGUGCUCCGGCCCCUGAGACUUGUGUCCGGCGUGCCCAGCCUCCAGGUGGUGCUCAACUCCAUCAUCAAAGCCAUGGUUCCCCUACUGCACAUUGCCCUCCUUGUCCUCUUCGUCAUCAUCAUCUAUGCCAUCAUCGGCCUGGAGCUGUUUAUGGGCAAGAUGCAUCGCACCUGCUUCCACCACCGGGACGGGAAGCUGGGUCAUCUGUUGGAGGAGAGGCCUGAACCAUGCGCCCCACAGCACGCCAACGGGAGGCACUGCAGCCCCCAGAACACCACAAAGUGCGAGUCAGGCUGGGAGGGGCCCAACAACGGCAUCACCAACUUCGACAACUUUGCCUUUGCGAUGCUGACUGUCUUUCAGUGCAUCACUAUGGAGGGCUGGACUGACGUGCUGUACUGGAUGCAGGACGCUAUGGGCUAUGAGCUUCCCUGGGUGUAUUUUGUCAGUCUGGUCAUCUUCGGAUCCUUUUUCGUACUAAAUCUGGUUCUGGGGGUGUUGAGCGGCGAGUUCUCCAAGGAGCGAGAGAAGGCCAAGGCUCGGGGCGACUUCCAGAAGCUGAGAGAGAAGCAGCAGCUGGAGGAGGACCUGAAGGGCUACCUGGACUGGAUCACCCAGGCCGAAGACAUUGACCCUGAGAAUGAAGAGGAGGGGCUGGAUGAGGACAAGCCCAGGAACCUGAGCAUGCCCGCCAGUGAGAACGAGUCGGUGAACACUGACAACGCGCCUGCUGGGGACAUGGAAGGGGAGACCUGCUGCACCCGCCUGGCAAAUAGGAUCUCCAAAUCCAAGUUCAGCCGGUAUUCGCGGCGUUGGAACCGCCUGUGCCGGCGAAAGAGCCGAGCAGCAGUGAAGUCCAAUGUCUUCUACUGGCUGGUGAUCUUCCUGGUCUUCCUCAACACGCUGACCAUUGCCUCGGAGCACCACAAGCAGCCCCAGUGGCUCACAGAUGUGCAAGACAUCGCCAAUAAGGUGCUGCUGGCUCUGUUCACGGGCGAGAUGUUGCUGAAGAUGUACAGCCUGGGCCUGCAGGCCUACUUCGUGUCCCUCUUCAACCGCUUCGACAGCUUCGUGGUGUGCGGUGGCAUCCUGGAGACCAUCUUGGUGGAGACGAAGAUCAUGUCCCCGCUGGGCAUCUCAGUCCUGCGCUGUGUGCGCCUCCUGCGCAUCUUCAAGAUCACCAGGUACUGGAAUUCCUUGAGCAACCUGGUAGCCUCGCUGCUCAACUCAGUGCGGUCCAUCGCCUCCCUCCUGCUUCUGCUCUUCCUCUUCAUCAUCAUCUUCUCUCUGCUGGGCAUGCAGCUGUUCGGGGGGAAGUUCAACUUCGACGAGACCCGCCGCAGCACCUUCGAUAACUUCCCCCAGUCACUGCUCACUGUGUUUCAGAUCCUGACAGGCGAGGAUUGGAACUCAGUAAUGUAUGAUGGAAUUAUGGCAUAUGGGGGGCCAUCCUUCCCAGGAAUGCUGGUCUGCAUCUACUUCAUCAUCCUCUUCAUCUGUGGAAACUACAUCCUGCUGAAUGUCUUCUUGGCCAUCGCUGUGGACAAUCUUGCAGAUGCUGAGAGCUUGACGUCAGCCCAGAAGGAGGAAGAGGAGGAGAAGGAAAGGAAAAAGCUUGCCAGAACCGCCAGCCCAGAAAAGCGGCCAGAAAAUGAAAAGCAACCGAUUGAGGAAGAACAUAAGGAGGAGAAGAUUGAGCUGAAAUCCAUCACUUCAGAUGGAGAGACACCCACUGCCACCAAGAUCAACAUAGAUGAAUAUCAAGGUGAUGAGAACGAAGAGAAGAACCCCUACCCCGCUAACGAUUUUCCAGGUGAUGAAGAUGAUGAGGAACCAGAGAUGCCGGUGGGACCUCGGCCCCGGCCACUGUCGGACAUCCAGCUGAAGGAGAAGGCAGUGCCCAUGCCUGAGGCUCGGGCCUUCUUCAUCUUUAGCCACACCAACAAGUUCAGGGUACUGUGCCACAAGAUCGUCAACCACAACAUCUUCACCAACCUCAUCCUCUUCUUCAUUCUGCUGAGCAGCAUUUCGCUGGCUGCAGAAGACCCCGUGAAGAACGACUCCUUUAGGAAUCAGAUACUAGGCUAUGCUGAUUAUGUCUUCACGGGACUCUUUACUAUCGAAAUCAUACUGAAGAUGACAGCCUACGGGGCCUUCCUUCACAAAGGCUCCUUCUGCCGCAACUACUUCAACAUCCUGGACCUGGUGGUGGUCAGUGUGUCCCUCAUCUCCUCUGGGAUUCAGUCAAGUGCCAUUAAUGUAGUGAAGAUCCUCAGGGUGCUGCGGGUGCUGAGGCCUUUAAGGGCCAUUAAUCGAGCCAAGGGCCUGAAGCACGUGGUCCAGUGUGUCUUCGUGGCGAUCCGCACCAUUGGGAACAUUGUCAUCGUCACCUCGCUCCUGCAGUUCAUGUUUGCCUGCAUUGGAGUGCAGCUGUUCAAGGGCAAGUUCUACAGCUGCACCGACAAUUCCAAACAAACAGAAGGGGAAUGCAAGGGUACCUACAUCCUCUACAAGGACGGGGACGUGGCCAAACCGGAGAAGGCGACGAGGAUCUGGGAGAACAGCGAGUUCAACUUCGACGACGUGCUCCAGGGGAUGAUGGCGCUGUUUGCGGUCUCGACUUUCGAGGGCUGGCCAGGGCUGCUGUACCGGGCCAUAGACUCCCAUGCAGAGGACAUUGGGCCGAUCUACAACUACCGUGUGGUGAUCUCCAUCUUCUUCAUCAUCUACAUCAUCAUCAUUGCCUUCUUCAUGAUGAACAUCUUCGUCGGUUUCGUCAUUGUCACCUUCCAAGAGCAAGGGGAGCAGGAAUACAAGAACUGUGAACUGGACAAGAACCAGCGCCAGUGUGUGGAAUAUGCGCUCAAAGCCCGCCCACUGCGGAGGUACAUCCCGAAGAACCCAUAUCAGUACAAGGUGUGGUACGUGGUGAACUCCACCUACUUCGAGUAUCUGAUGUUCGUCCUCAUUCUGCUCAACACCAUCUGCCUGGCCAUGCAGCACCACGGCCAGUCCCUCUCCUUCAACAAGGCCAUGAAUGUGCUGAACAUGCUUUUCACUGGCCUGUUCACCGUGGAGAUGAUUCUCAAGCUCAUCGCCUUCAAGCCUCGGGGUUACUUUAGUGAUCCUUGGAAUGUUUUUGACUUCCUCAUCGUAAUUGGCAGCAUAAUAGACGUCAUUCUGAGUGAGAUCAAUCCAGCUGACUCCACCUCGUCUUCCCAAUCCCCUAUGGUAAGACCAAUGGUAUCGCCAAACGGAGAAGACAAUGCCAGGAUCUCCAUCACUUUUUUCCGGUUGUUCCGGGUCAUGAGGCUGGUGAAGCUGCUGUCUCGGGGUGAAGGUAUCCGGACUCUGCUCUGGACCUUCAUCAAGUCCUUUCAAGCCCUGCCUUAUGUAGCCCUGUUAAUCGUGAUGCUGUUCUUCAUCUAUGCUGUAAUUGGAAUGCAGAUGUUUGGUAAGAUCGCCCUGCGGGACACCAGCCAGAUCAACCGCAACAACAACUUCCAGACGUUCCCUCAGGCCGUCCUCCUGCUUUUCAGAUGUGCAACAGGGGAGGCCUGGCAGGAUAUUAUGCUUGCAUGCAGCCCCAAUAAGCCUUGUGAGAAUGGAUCAGAGGUUGGGACGCCCAAUGACGACUGUGGCAGCCACUUCGCCAUCAUCUACUUUGUCACCUUCUACAUGCUGUGUGCCUUCCUGAUCAUUAAUCUGUUUGUGGCCGUCAUCAUGGAUAACUUUGACUACCUGACCCGAGACUGGUCCAUUCUGGGCCCGCACCACCUCGACGAGUUCAAGAGGAUCUGGGCCGAGUAUGACCCUGAGGCCAAGGGGAGGAUCAAACACCUGGAUGUGGUGACACUGCUGCGGCGGAUUCAGCCUCCUCUGGGCUUCGGCAAGCUGUGCCCCCACCGUGUGGCCUGCAAGCGGCUGGUGUCCAUGAACAUGCCACUAAACAGCGAUGGGACGGUUAUGUUCAACGCCACCCUGUUCGCCCUUGUGAGGACGGCACUGCGCAUCAAGACGGAAGGUAAUUUGGAGCAGGCAAAUGAGGAGCUACGAGCAAUUGUGAAGAAGAUCUGGAAAAGAACCAGCAUGAAGCUGCUGGACCAGGUGGUUCCGCCUGCAGGAGAUGACGAGGUCACCGUGGGAAAAUUCUAUGCCACCUUCUUGAUCCAGGAGUAUUUCAGAAAGUUCAAGAAGCGCAAAGAGCAGGGUCUGGUGGCAAAAGUGCCACCAAAGACCGCCCUCUCCCUUCAGGCAGGGCUGCGGACGCUUCACGACAUGGGGCCAGAGAUUCGCAGGGCUAUCUCAGGGGACCUGACGGUGGAGGAGGAGCUGGAGAAGGCCAUGAAGGAGACAGUGUGUGCCGCCUCGGAGGAUGACAUCUUCAGGCGGGCGGGCGGCCUCUUCGGCAACCACGUCAACUACUACCACCAGAGCGACGGGCGCAACACCUUCCCACAGUCGUUCACCACGCAGCGGCCCCUUCACCUCAGCAAGUCGGGCAGCCCCGGAGAUGGCGAGUCGCCGUCCCACGAGAAGCUAGUGGACUCCACCUUCACGCCCAGCAGCUACUCCUCAUCUGGCUCAAACGCCAACGUCAAUAACGCCAACAACACCAACGUCGGCCGCUUCCCCGGCUCGUCCAUCAGUACCGUGGACGGGCACCGUGGGCAGUCCGUGACGCCCACACUGCUACCCCGGCCUUCCUGGCACUUCCCUUCCAAGAGGAUGCGUUACUAUGAGACCCUGUUGCGCUCGGACUCCAGCGACAGCCGCUUGCCCAUCAUACGUAGGGAGGACGCGUCCGUCGAUGAAACAUACGACGAGAGCUUCGUGGACGAGAGGGAGUACCGCAGCGACCAGAGCAUGCUCUCCGCUGAAAUGCUGGCAUAUCAGGAUGAGGAGAGCAAGCAGCUGGCUCCCAUGGAAGAAGGCGAGGAUGGCAGCGACCGGCGCGCCUGGCCGUCCCCCAGAAGGGCUUUCCUGUGUCCCACUGCAUUAGCCCGACGGUCUUCCUUCCACCUGGAGUGUCUUAAACGGCAGGCAAGAGCGGAUGUUUCCCAGAGGACCGCACUGCCCCUGCACCUCGUUCACCAUCAGGCCCUGGCUGUGGCCGGCCUGAGCCCUCUCCUCCGACGGAGCCACUCUCCGACGCUCUUCAGCCGGCUGUGCUCCACGCCCCCCGACAGCCCCAGCCUGCGGGCCGGCCGGGGGGGUGCGUACCAGCGCGUGCCCUCCCUGCGCUUGGAAGCCGACGGCUCCUACGAGAAGCUCAACAGCAGCCUGCCCUCGGUGAACUGUGGCUCGUGGUACGGCGACGGUGACGGUGCGCAGCCCAGCCGACGCUCGCCGCGGCCCGCCUCCCUGACUGUGCCCCCCACAGUGGGCAGGGACUCUACGUCACUGUGCCGCGGCAGCGCUGGCAGCCUGGUGGAGGCGGUGCUGAUAUCAGAGGGCCUUGGCCACUACGCACAGGACCCCUCCUUCAUCGAGGUGACCAAGCAGGAGCUGGCCGACGCCUGCGACAUGACCAUCGAGGAGAUGGAGAGUGCUGCGGACAGCAUUCUCAACGGCAACAGCCAGCCCAGCUCCAACGGGAGCCUCCUACCCUUCAUGCACUGCAGGGACCACAGCACAGAACGGCCCGUCCAGACCGAGGGGCCCCCGGGGGCAAUGAGUGGGCAAAAGGGGGAGGAGCCUAGAGCCCACCUUUUGGGGGAGGAGGAGGUGGAAGAGCAGGAAGGGGAGGGUCCUAUGGAGGCUGACUCCCGGUCACGGGAUUUUGGGUUCUUGGACGACGAGGACAUGGACUGCGUCACCAGUUUGUAGGAUUAACCAUGCAGAGGUCUCUCUCUCUCUCUCUUUCUGCUGGAUGUGACUGCAUCUUGGUGGCCAACAGCUCGAUGGGCUCCAUUAUUUCUUUAUUAUGAUUUGGGAUUUGAUUCCUGGUUUUUGUGCGAGUGUGUUUCCGGGUGUGUUUCAAAAGUGCCUCACAGUUUUUCUGCUCUUGAUAAAUAGAGGGUGGGGGGUGGGAUAAAUAAUUCUGUUUCAUUUUGUUUUUGCUUUGUCUUCUUUCGUUUGGACUCUUGUUGUUCUGGCCACCAGGCAGAAGCGUCCUGGACAGCAAGCCCGCCUGGGAUACAGUUUGUGCUGGUCAGUUUCUACAGGCUGUUAAGGCAUCAACGUUGGUCUUACAUACGUGCUACUGGGGAAGGAGGAAGACGAGUCUGUUUUCUUCCCAUAAAGUCUUGUGCUCAAAACUGCAGGCCAACCAGCUGCUGGAGCUAGUAACCAGCACAGAAAACAAGACGGGGAAGAGAAUCCAGAGGCCAGGUAGAAGGGUGGGAUCAUGGAGAGGGUGUGGUCAUUUGCCCUUCCCUCUCCAACCCUUGGGCACCAAUUCAUUUUUGAAAAAUGAUAGUAAAACUGACACUGGGCAGAGGAGACAGAAAAGUUGGAGAUGAAGAGAUACUUCAACGGAGAGACAGUUGGCAUGCAGGACACGGCGUUCACCCUGGUCUCCGUUCUCUUUUUGCUGUUGCCAUCUGUUGCCCCAUGCCACUUCCUGUCUGUCACAGGAAGAAUUGGAGGGGGGGCAGAACUAAGUCUGGAUCUAAGGGACAGCGCCACCUGCUGCCACGUACCUCGACUUUUCAUUCCAUCUUCAUUUCCGUUGACAUCUUGGUUUUGUGGAUUUAGCUGUAGCUUUAGGCUGCUCCUGGGCUUGACCCGCAUCUAGUUCCAGGGGAAGAGGGGAGGAUGUUCAGUACCUAGGCUGGAGACCAACACUUCUGCACUCCUCAUUGCCUGAGUGAAAGUGCGAGGCUUCGAGCAGUCAAUCGGAGCGGCCGAUCGGAGCAGCCGAUCGGAGCAGCCAAUCGGAACAGCCGAUCGGAGCAGCCAAUCGCAUUCGCAUCAAAAAUUCAAAAACCAUAGGUUGUGUAUUUAUACAGUGCAGUGUUGUGCAAAAUUUAGAGACCAGCCUAUAUUUCUCAUGGUUUUGUUUAACUUUACGUUCCACAAAUUUGGUUGUUGACCUUAAUCAGUUCUUGCUUGAUUUAUUUAGGAGAUUUAAGAAGUUAGGUAACCAACCUGUGGCCGCAGGAUUUAGUGUUGUAUUUAAGUGGGAAACUUUCUAUCUGUAUGCACCUUUCAUAUUGUUAUUUAUUUAUUUAUUUAUUAUUAUUAUUUUUCCCUGCAACAAAUUGUAUUUGGAGUGGGUGAAUAUUUCUUGAUGUUAAACAUAUGCCUAAAGGUUAAGUAAGGUUAGCCAAAGUCUGAUGUAAUUUUGAUAUGACCCACUUACACACCAGGAAAACAGACCAACAUGCUUCCACUGCUACGAUGCUGCUUUAACAACCUAAUUGUUCCUCUCGAAAAAAAAGAAAAAAAAAAAGAAAAGAAUUGUGAACUACUGAGGUCAGGUCAGAUGCGCCACGCGGGAAGUGCUGAGCUGAGCGUGAUGUGAGAGCGACUAGUGAUCCUGACUGACUCGUGUUGUUUCCCGUCACUGAACUGAAUUCGGACUGGAGUUAGCAGACGCUCACAAUAGAACUAGCAGAGUCGCCCAAUUUGCAUUAUUUUAAUAGAACUGUUAUGGUUUUACAGGGCUAUAUUAUUAUUAUUAUUAUUAUUAUACUUUUCUGUUGGGUGUUCUCUGACCUUUGUCCAGCACUGUAUGUAUACGUAUACCAGUAUGAGUUCGCAAAAAUAAUGGAAUAGUGCCAGAGAGAUUUCGUGAGUCAUACAUACAGAUCAAUUAUGCAAGUAUGAUACUCGAGUGUCACAUUACAGACAACAUUGCUUUGCUGUUAUGAUUAUGUUUGGGUUUUUUUUUUGCUAUUUGUGUACAGCUUGUAAAAGAGGAGUGAAACUUUCAUUUGUACAAUUAUUCUUUGCUGUGCCAGUUUACCUGCAACUGUUGUUGUUGUUUUUUUUAAGGAGUUCUCCGGCGAGGUUGAGGGAGCCGGCAUUUCACAAACUCUUGCAGCAUGGUGUGUAGUACAUUGUUCGGUUUUCAGUCAUUUUAGGGUCAUAUACUGAAUUGUUUGCAUUAUCGUUUAACCCAUCUUUGGAAUUUUUGUCCAGGGUCUUUUACUCUAUAUUCGUUCCUUAUCAGCAACAAGACCGUCAAGGUAAUGUUCUUGCUGCAAUGCUGUCUGGAUCUAUUCUGGGCUUUUUAUCACAAUGGGCUUCUCAAUCUGUAAGAGAAUUCCCUUAUGACGCGUCUCUCUUUAGGUUCAUUUCACCCACCACGUGUUCGAUGGGGCUAAGGUGUCUCAGCUUUUCAACUGUUUCACGAUGAUUUCAGUGAGUUGCAACUGGUAGAUGUUUACAUUAAAAUGAAACCCACACACCCAAAACAAAGAAAUGCAAAGUAUAUUGCCUUGUGCCAUGCAGGUGGAUUAUCCUCUACCACUCCAUCAUGUUCCUUUGAUUAUCUUUUUUUUUUUUCCUUCCAAAGCAGGUUGUGCCAUAAUUUAUGGAUAAGUGGCAUCCAUGACCGAGUGGCUGAACCGUUUUGUGGCUUUGUGUGUUUAAAAGACGAUGGUAGCCCGGGUGCGAUGUGGGCGCGCGCCGUGUCACGCUCGCACACGCACAGGGUUCAAGGAGGAAGCACGUGGGUGCGCAAGCGCAUUCCACAAGAUAUGCAAAAACAAUGCAAUAACAUAUAUAUGACUGUAAACGAGUGUCAAAAACUAGCUGUAUGAAAAUGAAUAUAGAGAAGUGACAUAGAUAAUAUAUUCAGACUUUAUUAAGUUGCAGAUCUUUAAAUUGAAGAAACCUGUUAUACUUGAAAUCAGGUGCAUUUCAGUAUUUAAAAUAUCUUGUCAGGCGUUUUAAUUUACUUCUGUUUUUCCUUCUGUAACUUAUAAUAUUUUACUUAUGUUAAUUAAACUCACUAGUUGUAUAUUAAUUGCAUGGGAUUCAUUUUAGUAUUUUAGUGUGCCAAGUUAAAUUUUGAAAUAAUACUGCUUUUUAAAAACAAAACUGGGGAAGGAACACAAAUAAAAUUAAAGAGAAUUAAUUGUUUUAUUUUUCUUCAUGCUGUUCUGUAAAAUAGAGACACGUACAGAAAUGUAAAUACUCUAGCUCAGUUAGUAAGCACUACGAGGAUGUUUAACGUAAUCUGAUUUUGCAUAUCUUGUGUUCAUACAGUUUUAAGGCGGCGGUAAAUUACUUUUAUUCAGCGGCGCGAUUUCUUUCUCCUUAACCUUCCUUCAUAACUUCUUCCUUUCGCUGGUGGAGCGGAGCGGGAUUUCAUCAAGGACUGUUAUUUGUUUCUUUCAAUUAAUGGCAUUGUGAAAGGCUUCUUCCUCUAAGAUGCAGGCACAGAUUCGUGCGCAGACACUGACAAAAACACGCACAUAUACAUUACUUCCCAUGUGCCCCACCCUCGGUCACCCCACCUUUACUCCCCAGCUACGGUUUGAGAUGACUGAGUUGUUUGGUAAUGGUGUAAAUGUCUCAAGGUUUUUAUAUGGAGUCGUUUCAUUCAGGGAUAACCAGUGGUUUGCUGAAAGGUUCGAGGAGCGCAAUGAAAUGAAAAUGUGUGUUAUAUGACAUGUAAAUGCUGUACUGUGACUAAGGAGUGUUUUAAACGGUAGAUAAUAUAGGUGUUAUUCAAAGGGCAGUUUCAAGAUGUAGUGACCCAUGGCAAAAGAUGGUCAGCACUUUUGUAGGCUCUGUAGAAUGUAAAACAAAAUCUGCAAAUUUAUCCAACUCUCCCAUUUUAAAGAAAGCAAAAAAAAAAAAACAUUACGGUGAAGAAAAGGUAUUGUCUAUUGAGUUUUCUUUAACCUUAGUGCAAAAGCAUGUAUAAAGAAGGCACAGAGUCGAACAAUGUCUGUCCUCACCUGUUCUUUAUCGCAAUAUUUUGUCUGCUCGGUGUUCUGUACUCAGUAACAGUCAUUUACUCGUCUUUGCGCUGCUCUCGACAUGUUAACCGAGCGGCUGUUCUGUUUGAAAGGAUGUGAACGUUGUGGGUUAAUUCAGUAUGUUGGUAUAAGUUAAAAAGACACUAUGAUGUUAUUAACUAAUGUCCACUUUAUAGACUUUAUGCUUUAUGAACGUUCAUGAAGACGACAAUCCACUCAGAUUGUGAAGGGAAUAUAUAUUGUAUAAAAAUCGAAGAAAAGAAUACAUACUAUAAUUUUAAAUGAUGGAUAUAUAUAUCAUUUAAGUAGAGCCUCCAUAUUAGGAUGCUCGUUGUCCAGAAUCGUUGGCUGGCAUAUUUAGUAGGUGUACGUACGGGUCCUGUUGAAAUGACUGCAUUUGUCACUUUGGAACUUUAUCGCCUCAUUUCAAUAGCGAAUGAUUGUAUGUUUUUUACAGAAUAUAUAAAGUGUCACGUCUCAAUGCUGUGUAUAGUUGCUUGGAACAUUGGGAUUAGAGGUUUGUCGUUUAUUAUUUUGAGAAUGUACUUAUUAAGAAAGUGGCGAAGAUGAUCGGGGAGUGGAUACAGAAUAUUUUAUAGAAUUAUUCCUUGACACAUCAUAAGCUAUUUGAUAUCCCUCUCUGCUGUCUUUUUAGACUCUUUGGGUUCCUCAGGGGAGUGUGAAAAUCACCGCAGAGAGGAUCUGUAAAUUGUUAUGAAGAUAAUCAACAUUUUCAAGGUUUUGCAUAGAGAAGUGUUUUAUUAGAGAAGUGACAUGUGAGGAGUGUAUCCGGCUAAACCGUUGUUUAUUGCACAUUUUGCAGCUCCAUUGUCCACCCAGCUUCUUUGUCAUGGUACAGUCCACGGGGAGCACCAGAUGGGGAAAAUCAAACCCCUGGAAUUUUUUUUUGUAUCCAGAAUCCUUGCACACCUUCCUCAGAAGCACAGUCUGAGCUUCUUAAACAUGUUUUGCAGCGUGUGUUUUGGCAAGGCGAUGGACUGCUGGGCUUCUGCUAAUCUGACUUGUUUGGGAUAUUGAAUUUAUAUCGCAGGCAGUCAUUAAAAAGCGCCGAGGGAAGGUCUGGGUGGCUGCAAAGAAUAGACCAAAAAAAUGCAAAAAUUUAUUUUUCGUAAGAGUAAAAGCCAUUUCCAUUGUUUUCCUGUCCACUUGAAAGGACAGGGUGUUUGACAAAGACCUUACGAUGCGGGUUGCUGUGAUUUAGCUGCACUGGGAGCUCUCUUGCCCGGUCUUAAAUCAUAAAACGUGGUGCAGAAAAAGCGCCAUUUACCUGCUCUUAGACAUUUUUAAUUAAUAUAGUACCAAAACUGUAAGAUUAUGAGACAUACUAUAUUUUACUUCUUUGAUAGUACGUUAGUGAUGGCUUGAGUUCCCAUUAAUUCAGAUGUAUGGGACUGUCCAUAGUCACGAAGGUGUGAUGACAAACAUUGUGACCUAAUUAGUGUGACGUAAUAUGGGCGGGGAGGAAACUAGUUAGAUGGUGUGUGCUGUAUAAUAUUAAUUUCUCAGAGGCUGUUGUCUUUUAUCUUCUGUCCUUUUACUGGCGUGCCUGAAUAGUUUUGAAAAGGUUGUGUUGUAGUAUUGAUGCCCCAUUGGCAUAGAGGAAAACACACUAAUUUUUCUUGUACAUGGAUUAUUGAUUAUUUUGGUCUACAGUAAAAUAUUUUACAGAAAUAUUUUGAAAAUAUAUUAUUUUCUUUUUGUAACAGAACCAAAAAGUGACAACACUUAUAUUAAUGGCCCAAAUUUUCCUUUUUGAAAAAAUGAGCAAAAUUUCAUUUCAGCCAUUUUCUAUAUCCUCAUUAUUACUGUACAGACAUUAUUUGUAUUUAUACGCUAGUGUAUCAUAUUAGGCAGAAAAGCGUGAAAUAUGAACUGCUACACGUUAAAAUCAUAUUAAGUUACCGGGCAGCUGGAUCCAAUAUUUGCAUGGAAGUGUAACCCUGGAGAGUUUGUGAGAAAGUUCAUUUUAAUUCAGGGCACCAUUCAAGUUCUGAUACUUUUUUAAAAAUUCGUUGUUGCUUAAACUUUUUUCCUAGAAAGAGGUACGUCCAAACAUGGAGAAUAAUAUGGGCAUUCCAUAUUUUGAGGGCAUUAUUUGAAACAAUGCUUCUUCGUGUAUUUAAAUAGAAUGUGAAUGUUUCCCACAUACAUACAUAUUUCAAACCAUAUCUUUCUUUGUGUGUCGGGGCUCGGUUAGGUUUACAUAACUAGUGUACGGUGCUGUACAGCAGCUUGUGGUUGGCAUUUCUCAAGAUUGUGUGUGAUUGGUCAAGAAAGGAAUGUCAGAAUGUUUGCAUGCAUUUAUUAAAUGAAAGCAUGUCAUCAGUCACUUUAUUAUAAGUUACUAUCCCCUUUGAAUAAAACCCUACUUAUGUUAUAUGGGUUAUGAAGGUCUCCUAUUUCAAAGAACUACACUUAUAAAAGGUCGCGUUGCACUCGGUCUAUUAACAUAAUACUGCAUUACAUUUCUGCGCAUCCUCUUUCAAAAUGACUGUUAACCCUAACAUCAUAAUUGUCAUCUGCAGAAGUAGGAUAAUUGCACCUCUAGUAAUGCAAUAAUCAAUAUUUGCAGAUAUUUGAAUUAUUUGCUUCUUGGUUAUCAGUCGCCAGCCCUAAGUUCCUUUUGUCGUCAUGAAAAGCAGGUGGUUGGAGGCAGCGCAGUCCACUUCUGGCAGGUUCCAUGAAACAGAUUGUUAACGUCAAUAAACAGCCAUCUGAAUGUUUUGGUGUCAUAUCGUGGUCAACGGGGUCUUUAAGCGAUGUGCAGCAGGGUUUUCUGAAAAUGUGAAUGUUGAGGUUAACGUUAUAUUUGGGAAAACUUCUAUCUGAAUUUGUCUCACAAAUUUCUUUUCGGUUCCUUGCAAAAAAAUAAGUAUGUUGUGUCCAUAACUCCAGGUCCGGGUUCUUGGCCUUUUCAGCUCAGACCCAGAUUAUCAUUUAAAAAAAAUUAAAAAAUUAAAAAAACAGGCAAAAUGUGAAAAGGACUCGUACGUCUCAGUAUCUCUUUGGUCAGAGGACUUUGGAAAACUGCCUAAAGCCGCCAUGUUUUGUUCACUGUACUUUUAUUACUGUUAGUGGUUAGUGGCUAUAAAGAGGAGAGCCAAAGGCAGAUGUCCUGAUUAAAAGCUGUUGUAAGCAUAGUAAUCUUGGCAGUUUAGGAACCGACUUUAAUGACAGCUUUUCUGGAUGGGGAAUCCUUUAGAGUGUUUUAUUUAUAUAUAAAAACACAAGUUUCUCUCAGUCCAGCUUCUUCUCCUGCAGAGCAGCUUCUGUGCUGUCCGAUGCCUGAUCCCCCUUGGCUAUCUUUGCAUUGCCACGUCCAUUUUUCUCUUUUUAUUUUUAAUUCUUUCUUUUAAAUAUAAAGGGAAAGAAAAAAUAAAAAUCAGAAAAUCCAAUCACUUUUCUACUCUUAUUUUCAAAAAAAAUUAUAAAAAUUUAUCAAAAAAGUUUAUUUGUAAAUAGGUGAUGUACAGUUUGUAUCUGUAACUGUCAGUCUGUCUUUGGUGACAGAGUCUGUCUUGCUUAUAACGCACGCUACCAGUAAAUAAAAAAGGGAAAAUAUAUUUAGACUGUAUGGUCCUUGGAAGCAAGUUUUAAAUUAAUCUCUGAUGUAUAUUCCUGUAACAUUGCAUUUUUAUCUAAGGAAUGAUGUUAUUAAAAUUGAAAAUAAAAUGAAUUUCCUAA